AUGUCCUCAAACAGAAGUGAACAUUUGACUCGAAUAUUAACUGAAUUAAAAGGUGGUACAAUAUUAACAAAACGAAAACGUAAUGGGGAAAAAUAUUCACGUCGCUUCUUUCUUGAUGAACAUGAAAGUUUUAUCUCAUAUCAUCAAUCGGAAAAAGUUUUUGCUCAAUCACAUCGUUAUGAAAUUCGUGCUGGUUUUCAUACACGAACGUUUGAUCGACUUGUCCGACGUGAAAUUAUUGAACCGACUGAUGUAAACAAAUCAGGUACAUUAACAAAACGUGAAUGUCGUCGACUAUUGACAGAUUCACUCAAUGCAAAAGUACCAGAAGAUGUUUUUGAAAAACUUUUCCAAGAAACAGAUACAAGUGGUGAAGGUCUUUUGACUCCAGAUGAAUUUAUAAAUUUCUUUCGUGUUCUUACUCGUCGAACUGAUCUCUAUGAAAUCAUGCAAAAAUAUGUGAAAAAUGGUGACGAACAAACGAUUGAAACAAUAUCUAUGAAUGCUAAUGAACUUUUGUAUUUUCUUCAAAUUGUUCAAAAUCAAACAAUAAUACAAUAUCAAUCAAAACAAAGCAAAGACAUCUUUUCACUACAACCGAUUGCAACAUACGAGCACGUACAAGAUUUAAUUAAUGAAUUUGAACCAAAUAUUGAAUUACAAGAAAAAGGUCUUCUCAGUCUAAAUGGUUUGUACUAUUUUUAUCUAUUUAAUACUCAAGUCUCGGGUGAAAGUAAUCCAGAAGCAUACAAUCGAGCAUUACGAGCAGGUUGUCGAGCAGUUGAAAUAGAUUGUUAUGACGGUGAUGAUGGUCAACCUAUAGUUAAACAUGGAUAUACAUUUGUUAAAUCAUGCCGAUUUGAAUCGAUUAUUCGUUUUAUCGAACCAAAUCUUUUCAAGACAUCACCAUAUCCUGUAAUCCUAGAUCUUGAAAAUCAUUGUUCCAUCGAACAACAAUAUCAAAUGGCUCAAAUUUUGAAACAAAUUCUUGGAGAUCGUUUAAUUAUUGGAUAUUCAUCAACAAAAACCUCAGGCGUAUUACCAUCACCAGAAGAUCUCAAAUACAAAGUUGUUGUUCGAGGUAUAAAAAUACCAACAUCAACAACAUCUCCUAAAUUAUCACAACAACAAAUAAUUGGUGAUAAUAAUUCUUUUUUCAAUCGACAAAGCACAUUUGUGGAGCAUCAUUUAAUCGAUGUUUAUAUUUAUCUUCAAAAUGUACCUUAUAGUAAAUAUGAAUAUGCCAAUGAACAUUAUAUUUGUUUUCAUUCACCAUCACUAUCUGAAAGAGAAUUAAAACAGGUCUGUCGAUCUGAUCCAAUUGGUUUAAUGAAACAAACACAAAAAUGUUUACUUAGAAUGUAUCCUGAUGGUUUAAGACAAGAUUCAAGUAAUCCAAAUCCAGUUGAUGCAUGGAAUUUUGGUAUACAAAUGGUUGCACUUAAUUAUCAAAAUGAUGAUCAUAUGAUGGAAUUAUGUUAUGGAAAAUUUAUUGAUAAUGGUGGUUGUGGUUAUGUUCUUAAACCAAAUUAUUUAAUUAAUUUAGAAAAAUCCAAAUAUAAUCCAUUUGAUUAUUUAAAACAACCAUUAAUAUUAUCAAAAGAUAUAAAUGAAUAUCCUCAACGUUUAAUAUUAACAAUAAUAAGUGGUCAAUUUUUAUGUCGAUCAAGUGAAAAAACAGAUGAUAUUCCAGAUCCAUAUGUUAUUAUAUCAACACAUGGAAUUUUAUGUGAUCAACAAAUAAAAAAAACAAAAUUUAUUGAAAAUAAUGGAUUUAAUCCAAUAUGGAAUGAAACAUUUCAAUUUGAUAUUUAUUUUCCUCAAAUGUGUCUUGUUCGUUUUGAUGUUUAUGAUUAUGAUAUAUUUACUCGUGAUGAUCGACUUGCUUAUUUUUGUUUACCAAUGACAACUAUGCAAACAGGUUAUCGUCAUAUUCAUUUGCGAGCUAAAAAUAAUAACCCAACACAUUCAACAUUGUUUAUUCAUGUAGCAAUAGAAAAAAAAUGA